AACGGUUGAAUUCGAGAAGGAAUCGAAGGGCAUUGAUUUCUCGUCUUGUCGUCUUCGAACCCCACCAAAAACACAAGCAGGUGCCUACUCCCCCUACACCCAAACCCUCCAUCGGAAUACACACUUCACAUGGCCCCAACUCCUUUUUACUUUACCCUUUCUUACUUCUAAUUCUUCGCUUUUAUCUAUCUUUUUCUUCUUCGGUACUGAUCCCAGAGCCCAAAUCUACACAAUCGAAGCGAUAGCUAUGAAGCGUGCACUCGCAGCUAGUGAAUCUAUGGAGGGUGCUGGGGAAGACAAGAAGAUGAAGAAGAUUAGAGUUGAGGAAGAGGAAGAAGGGGAAAUUGGAAGUGGGUUUGUGAAUCUGGAUGAAAAUCUGCUGUACGAGGUGUUUAAACACGUUGACGCGAGGACGCUGGGUGCGGCGUCGUGCGUGAGCAAGCUUUGGCACCGGACGGCGCAGGAUGAGCGUCUCUGGGAACUGAUUUGCACCAGGCACUGGGCUAACAUCGGCUGCGCCAAUCAUCAGCUCCGAUCCGUGGUCCUCGCUCUCGGGGGAUUCCGUCGCCUCCACUCCCUUUACAUCUGGCGUCUCUCCAAGCCCCAAUCGUCAGCCGGCUCGUCGUCGUCUUCCUCUUCAUCGGCUUCACCAUCGUCUUGGGCGUCUUUCCCGUCGAUGAUCGGAUCGAAGCCGCCGAUUCGUUGGGGAAAAGAUGAGGUCAAUCUCUCGCUGUCACUCCUCUCCAUUCGCUACUACGAGAAGAUGAAUUUCAAGAAUGGAGGCAGAUGAUUUCAACUAUCCAUGAAUAUUUCAAAUUUCACUGUUCCUUUUCUUGGUUAAUUCUCAGCGUUUUGAUUUCUUUUCGUCGUCCGGAUUUACAUGGAUAUAUUUCUUUAGAUCUGUAUGCUUGCUACGUUUCAUAAUUUCCUUGUUGACUUCCUGUGUGUAAAUGGAAAUGCAAUCGUUAAAUCCGUGCA